CUUGCGCUGGGCUGAGCCGGGGCACUAUGGGGAAAAUCGCGCUGCAGCUCAAAGCCACGCUGGAGAACGUCACCAACCUCCGGCCAGUGGGCGAGGACUUCCGGUGGUACCUGAAGAUGAAAUGUGGCAACUGUGGCGAGAUUUCAGAGAAAUGGCAAUACAUCCGGCUGAUGGACAGUGUGGCACUGAAGGGGGCUCGUGGCAGUGCUUCCAUGGUUCAGAAGUGCAAGCUGUGUGCACGGGAAAACUCCAUCGAGAUUUUGAGCAACACCAUCAAGCCUUACAAUACUGAAGACAAUGAGAAAUUCAAGACGAUAGUAGAGUUUGAGUGCCGGGGCCUCGAACCUGUUGAUUUCCAGCCCCAGGCUGGGUUUGCUGCCGAGGGCACGGAGUCGGGAACAUUCUUUGGUGACAUUAAUUUGCAGGAGAAGGACUGGACUGACUAUGAUGAAAAGGCCCAGGAAUCUGUGGGAAUCUAUGAGGUCACCCACCAGUUUGUGAGGUGCUGAACCCUUUUCCUGCACACUUGCUCUUAAAAACUGAAAGGGACAAAUUUCUGUAAGCAGCAGAACCCACUGAGACUGGUCCCCUUGUCCCUCGUCUCCUGACAGCUGUACCACACCUUCACAUUCUGCAUGCCGGACUCUGUUACAGCUUCCUAAGCCCCACCAAUAAAGCCCUUGUUCGUGCUGCCCUGGUCAUGAGGCAGAGUCACGCAGCAGCCACUCCA